AUGUCAUCACCACAGAACCAGUCUCCCGAUUUGGAGGCUGCUCAGGACUUUGACACGCGAAGGAGUCUCUUCUUCGUCAGCAAUGUACACUGCGCAUCGUGUGUUGCAUAUAUCACCGAAGUGCUAUCUGAAAUAUCCACGGUGCAAGAUAUCGACGUCACGAUCUUGACCCAAGAAGUCCGUGCCAGCCACGCCUCCUCAGUACGCCCGACCGACCUCGUCGAUGCUCUCAUUCAAGCCGCAUUCGAAGUGCACUAUGUCACAACCUUUGACCAGCAAGGAAAUCUCGUCUCGGAGAUCGAUACAUCUGCGUGGAAUCACAGAAGCUCUGCGUUGUUUCCGUCACCGCGGGCGUCGGUCUCCAGCUUCUCGUCUAAUAUCAAAGAGCGCCUUCAGGCCACCCGGCACAAGCGACACAUCGCCAACUGCGAUGCUUGCAAGAAAGAAGAACUCAUCGACCAGCCGUGGGACUCUCCUCAGAUAGGACUAGGGCCGGUGGCCGAGAAGCCCCAUUCUAAAAUUCAAUCUCGCAAGAGCCACGAAAAGGAAGUUGGCGUUACAAAACUUGAGUCAACACCAGAGAUUCCAGCUGGCGACUCUUUUGUUUCAUUGCCAGAGCUGAAAGAUGAAUUCAGGGCCCAAAUCAGCAUCGGUGGAAUGAGCUGUGCAUCAUGUGCCAACAGUAUCACUGCUGAGCUCCAACAGCUUGACUUUGUGAAAGAAGUCAGCGUAAAUCUACUUACAAACAGUGCAACGGUCACAUACAUCGGGAUUCCACAAAAUGCCGACAAAAUUGUCGAGCAAAUCGAUGAUAUUGGCUUCGAAGCAUCCCUUGAUGAAGUGAGCCCCAGUGCUCCAGCCCCGCUUCCUGCCAGCUCGCCAGUGACAUUUGUUACCGAGAUUGCCAUCACUGGCAUGACUUGUGGUUCCUGUGUUGGGGGUGUGACUCGAGGACUCGAAGAACUUCCCUUCAUCAAGAAUGUGACUGUCAAUCUGCUUUCCCAUAGUGGGAGAGUAGAGUUUGAAGGUCACGACAACCUCGAAAACAUCAUCGAAAAGAUCGAUGAUCUGGGAUACGACGCCGUUGUUACCAGCAUCUCACCAGUGACACACGCACCCAAGGCUUCCACCACACAAGCUAGAACAAUCUCCAUCCAGGUUGAUGGCAUGUUCUGUCACCAUUGCCCCAACACUGUCACCAGGGCCGUAGAGGCAGUUCCAGGUGUCACUAUCGUCGAGGCACUGAGCGAAAAGCAUCCUGUCCUUAAAAUCACAUACACCCCUAGCCCACCAUCAGUCACCAUUCGCUCAAUCAUAGCAGCCAUUCAUUCGGCAAAUGAGUUGUUCCAGGCCAGUGUUUACCAUCCGCCCAGUAUCGAAGACCGAUCUCGCGCAAUUCAACACCAUGAACGACGUCGUUUGCUAUCGCGCUUGAUCUUCGUCUUUUUGAGUGCUAUCCCUACUUUCAUUGUCGGAAUUGUGUUCAUGUCUCUGGUAUCCCCCGAGAACCCCGGUCGGGUCUACCUGGAGCAGCCGAUGUGGUCUGGCAGCGUAACGCGCAUUGAAUGGGCGCUUUUCAUCAUGUCAACGCCAGUAAUGUUUUAUGGCACCGAUGUGUUCCAUACCAGGGCCUUCAAGGAAAUUUAUGCUUUAUGGCGACCCGGCAGCCGCGUCCCAAUCCUUCGAAGACUCUACCGCUUUGGUAGCAUGAAUCUUCUCAUCUCCGCUGGUACGAAUGUCGCAUACAUCUCAUCUUUGGCAGUCUUGAUUGUCGACGCGGUCGUCGGCACCAAAUCAAGUGCCCACAGCACGACAUAUUUUGACUCUGUCGUUUUCUUGACGUUGUUCAUCCUAGCUGGUCGAUUCUUGGAAGCCUACAGCAAGGCCCGGACCGGCGAUGCUGUCUCCUCUUUGGGAAAGCUUCGACCUUCUGAUGCUCUGCUAGCCGAUGAUUCAACCGAAGAUGGAGUCAGCCGUACAAGUGUUGAUCUCCUGGAGGUUGGUGAUGUCGUGAGCAUUCCCCACGGCGCAUCGCCUCCUGCCGACGGACUCAUUGUCGAUAAUGCCUCGUACCAGUUUGACGAGAGCUCUUUGACCGGAGAGUCGCGGCCAGUCAAGAAGACCACUGAUGACAUUGUUUACACCGGCUCUGUCAACGUUGGUCAACCAGUGCGCAUUCGAAUCACAGAGCUUGGCGGCUCCUCGAUGCUCGAUCGGAUUAUUGCUGUGGUUCGUGAAGGACAAAGCAAACGUGCGCCUCUCGAAAGAGUGGCUGAUCUUCUCACCUCGCAUUUUGUGCCCAUAAUCACUCUGAUCGCCGUAUCGACCUUUGUGAUCUGGCUGGCUCUGGGCAAUUCGGGUGUACUUCCUGCGGACUAUCUCGAUGUUGCACAUGGCGGGUGGACGUUCUGGGCUCUGGAAUUUGCAGUCGCAGUCUUCGUCGUAGCUUGCCCAUGCGGACUGGCUCUCGCUGCCCCUACUGCACUAUUUGUUGGAGGAGGCUUGGCAGCCAAGCAUGGCAUCCUGGUCAAGGGUGGUGGCGAGGCAUUCCAAGAAGCCAGUCGGUUGAGCGCGAUCGUGUUCGACAAGACAGGAACCUUGACUGAGGGUGGAAGCCUGAAGGUCUCUGAUCACGAAGUCCUCACCAAUGAUCUGGAGGUGGCCAAAAUUGCAUGGGCUCUCGCUCGGAAGAUGGAGGAGACAAGCAACCAUCCCAUCGCUCAAGCCAUCACCGAAGUCUGCAAAUCCCAGGUCUCUGCCUCCGUCAAGACCUCUGAUAUUCAGGAGAUCUCAGGACAAGGCAUGAGAGGAACAUUCACCAUUUCCGGUCCCGAGGACGAGCAGUACGAGGCUGCAAUCGGCAACGAGCGCUUGUUGAACAGCAUCAUCACACCCGAAACAGACACAUAUUUUGUUUCCAACCUCUUAUCCAAAUACCAAUCGGCAGGAAAGUCAACUGCUAUCCUGUCUCUCCGCAAGCUUCACAACACCUCCACCGAACAAGCCCCAUUCACACCCGCCAUUGUCUUCGCCACCUCUGACACACUCCGACCAGAAGCCAUCGACGUCAUCUCGCAACUCGAAAAGCGCAACGUGGAAGUCUACAUGUGCACCGGCGACAACCAAAAAACAGCCCAUGCCGUGGCAGACAUGCUCGGGAUCUCCCGCACAAGAGUCAUGGCUAACGUGCUCCCCGCCGAGAAAGCGACGUUCGUCCGCCAGAUCCAGGAACGCUCAGAUAGCGAUGUGAAUGCUCAGAACAACUCUCGUCCUAUCGUCGCUUUUGUUGGUGAUGGAGUCAAUGACUCCCCCGCAUUAGCCGCGGCAGAUGUGAGCAUCGCCAUGGCCUCUGGCUCGGACGUCGCCAUCAACUCUGCCAGCUUUAUUCUACUCAAUUCGGAUCUCGGUACGAUUUUGCAGCUGGUGAUGCUUAGUCGACGGGUCUUCAAUCGGGUCCGUUUGAACUUUUGCUGGGCGGUUGUCUAUAACCUUUGCCUUGUUCCUGUUGCUGCGGGUGUUUUCUAUCCUAUUGUUAGUGGACAUCAUGAAAUGUCUGUUGGUGGUGAAAUGGUCAUGGUCAAUAAGCAUUGGAGACUUAGUCCGGUUUGGGCUGCGUUGGCGAUGGCGCUGAGUAGCAUCUCUGUGGUCAUGAGCAGCUUGGCUCUACGGAUUGAUAAAGAGAGCAUCAAGAAGUUUCUGAGGAGGAGAAACUGA